AUGGUUGUAGCAGAUGAUGUUAAUGGACCGGCCAAAAAGAAGCCAAGGCUGUCUUUAAAGGCCAGUAAGAAGACUACUCCUUCAACAGCUGAUGAAGCCAGUAAAGUUGCCUCUGCUACACCACUAGAUUUCACAAACAACAGUGAAACAGCCAGUAGCAAUAUUGGUAGUGAUACACAAGAGGUGUCUGCCGAGAGUUGUGUUCCUUACGAUGGUCCUUUAGUACCACCAGUUUCUUCUUUAGAAAAUUUAGGAAAUACCUGUUUUUUAAACAGUAUAUUACAAGUAUUAAGAUAUACACCUAAAUUUCUAACUGGUCUUACAGAACUUUAUACCAAUAUUAUUAUACUAGAAAAGGCAGCAAAAGAAAAAUUUAAACAGGAAAGUUUAAAAGAAGAAAAUGAAAGUCAAGAAGAAGAAACUGAUUUAUCAUGGGAAUUAGUCAAACAUCUUUAUAAGAUGUAUAAAGAUAUGGAUAAUAAUGAAGAAAGGUACAGUGAAAUAGCUAGUGCUGAUGUUACAAGUAUGGCAGUUAAACCUAAUAGAAUACUCGAUAUUAUUAGAGAAUUCAAUCCAAUGUUUGAGGGAAAUUUCCAACAUGAUGCUCAAGAACUUCUUCGUUGUCUGUUAUGUUACUUAGAAGAUGCUGAAAAGGCCUUGAAUGUUAAAACAGAGGAAUUUGAACCUUACAUUGUCAAGCCAAUAGCGAAAGCAAAUUCCAUCAUGACGAAAUUUCUUAUGGCAGGAAAGACAGCCGCACCCAAAUGUGAACAAGCCAAGGAUUUGAAAAAUGGACUGACUUCAUUGAACUUAGAUACUAAGUUAGCUAAAGGAGAUGUUUUAGAAGUUCAUAAUUCAUCAACACAAAAGAAAAAUCAAAGCAAAAGGAAAGCAUCAAAAAGAUUGUCUGAAUCUGAUCUAACCAAUGAGAAAGAUAGUCGAAAUUCAACUGAACUAAGUGGCAGACGACGUCUAUCUGCUGGAUCUGUUGAUGAGACUAGAAGCCAGCCAAGUGUUGCUACAAUGUUCAACAAGAGCGAGGUACCCAGGAGAAGAUUGGGUAUGCGAGGAGCUGUUGUAUCACCACCAGCAAGCAGCACAUCUUCUCAGUUUGCUUCCACUGAUCUCAACAAUAAUGUAGACUUUAUGCAUGAUGUCAACAACAACGAAAAUUCAGUACCAAGUCGCAAUCCAUUACGUUCCAAAUCACCAGCUGAGUUAGCUUCCAGCUUGGGUAAACUGUCAUGUGAUUCUCCAUCAAAGGACACUGAUUUGAAAGAAGCUCAAGUACGUCUGCAGAAAUGUGAUCGAGUAUGUGAUAGUCCUUUAAAAACUGUGAGUGCUAAUGAAGCCAUUAAAAACUUAAGCUUUAACAAACGCAAACGAGACAUGGACUCUCCAAUCAACAAGUUUACAAAUCAGGCUGUGAAUAGGACUAAAGUAACAGCAGAAAUCAAUGAAUCACCUGCAAAAAGAAAGGUAACUUUUGAUCAAGACACCUCAAGCUCUUUUCAACUUAGGCACACUUACUCACCGAUAGCAACCUCCCCUAAAACACUUUACCUCAACAACUCAUUAUCACCCACGGCAGCUUUCAAAGACAAAAUGUGCUCACCAUCACCUUUAAGGAGAUCACCAAGAAAAUCAGAAUCACCACUUAAGCCAAAUAUCGUAACCACUCCCACCAAGAUGUGUACUACUGUCACUAAGAUGUCACCAUGCAACCUCAUAUCAUCUGCUACAUCUUCAGCCAUUGUAUCACCGAGGAGACAGUCACCAAGACUAAACCGAAAUCAUCUAGAAUCACCAACAGCAAACUCCUCAAAUUCACCAAAAGCUAUGUUUAAAUCACCCCUUGGAUCAAUCUCUCCAUCACCUGCCAAAAGAAAAGUGAACUUUGACCUGCCACAUGCAGAAGGAAUAUCAUCACCAAAUGCUUGUCGUAAAUCACCAAGAAAUGUCUAUAUUUUACCCAGUCCAAAGAAGUCUGAAAGUACUUCCAGCAGAAGUUCUUCAGCAGAAAUAAAGAAGGAGCCUGUGAUAAGAUAUGAUUUUGUAGAAAGAUUGUUUCAAGGCACCAUGAUGUUGAGGACUAAAUGUAUUGAGUGUGAGUUUUCUAGAGAAAGGAAAGAAGAUUUUCAAGAUGUCAGUGUUCCUUUAAGAAGAGAGAAAGAAGAGGUGGAAUCAGAUGAAGAAGUUGAAGGAGAAGUGGAUGAUUCCUGUUUAUCAAAACUCAUGUCAGCCUUUUCAGAAGUUGAAAGAUUAAAAGAAGAUAAUAAAUAUUUCUGUGAGAAUUGUUUUCGGUAUGUGGAGGCUGAAAGAUCACUUCAUUAUGAAGUAUUACCAGAUGUUUUAACAUUACAUUUAAAAAGAUUCUCUGCAUCUGAUAGGUUGUAUGGUAGUUUAACUAAAAUAAAUGACCAUAUCACUUUACCAGUUACACUGCCUUGUUUACAGUAUCAAUGUCCUAGAUUUUGUAAUAAACCUAGUCAUAGGUAUUCAUUAUAUGGUAUUGUAACACAUGCUGGUACAACCAUUACCUCUGGCCACUAUCUAUCUUAUGUCAAAAUUGAUUCCAACUCUAAGAACGAAAUAAAAGUAGAACCAGAAGGACCCAACGCCCACCUUGCCAAUCUGUCCACAACCCCCUUUAGUACAGAAUGGUAUGAAUGUGAUGAUGAAGCUAUUCGAAUCUGCAGUGAUGAAGAUUUUCGCCAAAAGUUGAUUGGCAAAGAGUCCUCAUUAAUGGGAACACCUUAUGUCUUGUUUUACCACAGGCAAAACUUACUCUCUUAA